GUGGACCGCCAGAAGGUCACGCUCAGGUUCGCAGAGCUGGUGCCGCAGCCGCCCGCGGCGCGGCGGCCGGGCGAGCAGCCCGCGUUCCGGCGGCCCGGCAAGCAGGCCCAGGCGAGCCGCGUGCUCCUCGGCCCGGCCGGGCAGGGCCGGCCCCGAGAACCGCUGUUCGGCUCCCGGCCCAAGCUGUCGCCGGACGACCAGUGGUGGUGCUCGAAGAUGGCCCGUGCGCCGAGCAGCGCGAGGGCCAG